AUGCCGUUCCCACUCCCACUCAACUUCCCAAAGUGGUUGUCUGAAAAUGAACACCUUCUACAGCCACCAGUAGGCAACUUUUGCCUUUUUCGCACCCAAGACUACACUGUGAUGGCCGUCGGUGGUCCGAACGCCAGAUCCGACUACCAUUAUCAGCCUACCGAGGAGUUCUUUUACCAAUACAAAGGCGACAUGCUCUUGAAAGUCAUCAACGAAGAGGGCAAAUUCCAGGAUAUCCCGAUCAAGGAGGGCGAGAUGUUUAUGCUUCCAGCAAACACGCCACACUCGCCUUGCCGUUUUGCCAACACCGUCGGUCUUGUCGUCGAGAGGACAAGACCGGAUGACAGCCCUGAUGCUAUGCGAUGGUACUGUGCCAACAAGGAAGCCCAUGGCGACACGCCCACGAUUGUUAAGGAAGUCAUGUUCCAGUGCACCGACCUUGGCACACAGCUCAAGCCCAUCAUCGAGGCUUGGGCCAACGACGAAGCUGGUCGCAAGUGCGGUCAGUGCGGUUACACACAGGCUGCUCGCGAGCUUCCAGCCUAA